GCGUGUUUUGGAUAUUUCCACAGCUAUACUGGUGAAAGUGAAGUUUCUAAUAUGGCCAUCAUUGAGGUGAAGAUGUUAUCAGGUUACAUCCCAGACAUGAAAUCAGUUAAGAGGCUUAAGUCUGCUAACCCUGUGGUGCAGAGGACAGAGGUGAAGACAAAUGAAGUCAUCAUCUACCUAGAAGAGCUGAGUCGAGAAACAAACAAGUUUGUAUUUCGUGUCAAAGAAGAGAUUCCUGUUAAAAACUUGAAGCCAGCAAUGGUCAAAAUUUAUGAUUAUUAUAAUGAGAGAGCUGAUAAUGCUGUUAUAGAAUACACUGCCCCAUGCAGUAAAGAAGAAGAAACAUAAAAAGAAGAAAUGCUGAUCCUGACUUAAAUAUAAUAAUUAUUCAUGAGAAAUGGUGAUGUUAACAUGACAUAUGAAGAAAACAACACAAGCUGAUCAUGUUAUUCACAAUAGUCCUUCCUGGGAAACUAUGAUAAUACGUCAAGUACGGAGCUGCAGUUAUAAAAGUACAGAACUGACCAAAGUGGCAUUGCAGUAUUACAAUUUAUACAUAACAGAUGGCAUAGUAAAACACAGAGCUGUAUUUUGGUUUUAAAGUUUGGUGAAACAAUUCUUUGCAAAGUGAUUUAUCAGCAUUACUGAUUGCCAUGUAUUAUUUCCUAACUGUAUAUUUAUAUGAACACUGUAGUAAAACAUUAUUUUAUAAACUUCAUUUCAUUUCUAUUUACAUUAAGAAGUAGUACAUGCUGCUUCACUGUGAAUGUUACUACAGAAAAAUAUAAACAAUCUGUGACCACAUUUAGGUAACAUUUAUGUUUCUGCAGUUGUAGAUCUAAAUAAAGUGACCAUAAAAAUUAAUAAAAUAUAAUUCAUGAGAUAUGAAAGAUAUUCUAACUCAUUCCUGACUUGAUUAUGUAUACGUUAAUCUUGCAUUUUUGUGUGUAUCCUUAUCACCAUAUGCAUCACAUACAUAACUGUAUUUGUAUCAAGACUAUCCAAAAAAAUGAACUACUGCAUUGUGAGUUUUAAAUUAAAAUAUGUGCUGCUAAAGCUAAU